AUGUCAUUGAAAGAACUCGUCAGCUUCCUCUCGUGUAUGGGGCUUACCGUAACAUCCUCCCAACUCCAGUUCAAACUGAGGGCAUGGGGAAUACUAAAGAAGAUGGACAAGCCAACGUGGCAGUACAUUGAUCGCAAAAUAAAUAAACGUAAAUCUCAAGGAAAGAAUACCGAUGUCAUCCUCUCAGGAAGGCGUCUCAAACAGUCAGCUAUUAGCAAAGCCAUUACCAAUCAUGGCGCCAAUGAUAUCUUCACACAAAUGGCACAAGCUCGCUCACCUCCGCCAUCCCCCGUCAACCCUUGCCUUACUAUCUGCACUCCCCCAUCCCUUCGGAUGGAAUAUGAAUGGCCAGUGUCUCUACCUUGGAUGAAAUUCCAGAACACAUACCAAACACGCAACCUCUGUCCUGCUAUCGAUGUGAUACCGCGAUUACUCCAGGCCGGCCUUCUUCAUGAAAGUAGAAGGGACACAACGAAAGAAAGUCACGGAAGCAAUCAUCUUGCAAACGUUUCUGAGAUGGCCGCAGAUAUAGGCAAGACUGUACCAGAGUGGUAUGAGGGUGAACACGUACAAACCACUCAAAUUCUUCUGCACGGUUCGAGAAGGGACGUCGUGCCACGAUAUCUGAAGUUGAUCAUCUACCAUUUAUCCAACGGACUCCAACAUCAAUUUCAAACACAUCAUGGAUGGAUAGAGUUCUGUAACCUUAUUAUAGGACUUGGUAUCCUGGAUCUACAGAUUGAUGUAAAAGUCUUUUCCGAUGUUCAGAUCACGAUGGGAGCACUAUUGGAGACACUUUUUGAAUGCGCGAUUCGGUGGGCUCCAGACCCGAAACACGACCCGAACCAGAGUUUUGACCUUCUCAGAUGGCUCCUCAAAUCUGGUCAAGACCCCAAUAAGAAGAUGAGGAGGAAAGAAUUGGAGAUAUCAACAGGAAGGGAAAGACGUGUGCGACCGAUCGAAUUUGCAAUUUUAAUGGGUCAUGCACGUCUAUUGGAGCUACUCCUCGAUUUCGGCGCGGAUAUAAAUUACAAAGGCUUUUUCGGAAAAUCAGCCCUCGAGCUAGCCCUCAAGUCUGCCCGGCCCGAUGAUAUUAAAAUUGACAUUGUCCAUUUACUCAUUCGGUACGAUGUCUCACUCAGAUGGGAAGGGGUCCUUUAUGCAGCAAUCAGCCUACGAGACCUGGAUCUCAUCAACUCCCCUUUGACAACAGGUGUCGACUUGACUAAAGCAACGGAAGCCGACCAUAAUCGUGGUUCACUGUAUGAACAAACUGUAUUAAGUGCCGCUAUCGCAGCUGGUAGUGAUGUUACAGAAGCGAUAUUGAUACAAAUGGCCUUCAUGGAUCCGUCGAGGUUGAAAGCCCCUCCGAUCACAGCAGAUACAUUUAUUGCUGCCGCCGCGAAAGGUGCUGAUUCAAUCAUCAAUCGCCUGCAUGAGAUAGAUCCCACUAUUGGGAAUACUCGGAACCCACGUGGUAUUAAGCCGGUGCAGGCGGCUGUGUCAGCUGGUAAUUUAAGUACAUGCAGGCUUCUUUUACGCCUUUAUGGGGGGUAUUCACCCGCUCUCCUUUUUCUUGCUGCCUACCUUGAGCAUGGAGACAUUUUGCAGUUUCUUUUGAACGAGGGAGCAGAUGUGAAUGAGGCUAUCCCCCCAGCAGACCUCCCUGAGUGCGUCAGGGUUUGCCAUGACUUGAUGGACCGUUUCAAAAGAAAAUCAUCGCCUAGUGUGUUCGAGACGCUAUUGCACACAUGUGCAAGGCGCCCACUCUGGGCAACCUCUGAGCAAUCCCAAUUUUUUUACCUCAGGACCUUGAUUGAAAACGGUGCUCGGCUGACCGGGGGUGAGACAUACUACUUAGCGAAGAAUGCUCCCGCCGACACGAUCCUCGCCGCGUUAACCCAUGGCAGCAGCGCAAAUGUGCAAAACAAGCGGGGAAAGAGUGCGCUUCAAAUUAUUAUUGAUAGUGUUACGGAGUUCUACGAUUCUACCCGAUCCUUUCAGGUCAAACGACGAUUACAGGCUGUUCAGAUUUUAUUGAGUCAUGGAGCGAAACGCUAUACAGGAGAAAUCGUUUCAGUGAUUCGUUCUCAGGACCGGGAUCUGUUGUCCCUUGUUCUGCGCUACCAUCCAGGCUGGGAAGAUACGGAUAAGCGUGGAGUGUCAUCUCUCGAAGCUGCAAUUGCGUGCUUAGGCUGUGGCGUGUCUUUAUUAGGCACUACGGCAUAUAAGAGCUAUUACGACCCGGGCUCAUUAUGCGCAGCGGCUCAAACCAAAGACAUGUCCCUGAUUGAACUUAUUCUUACGAAUCGCCCCACACACUCAGAAUAUCAUGUCUUCGAAGGCACAGCUGUUGGUUUGGUUGCCAUGUCCGGACGUCUAGACUGUUUGCAACAUCUCAUUCAGCAUUUCCCAGAAGCUAAGGAGGCCCAUUCUGCACUGCUUCCCGUUCAUUCGGAGUUCAAAAAAACCAUCACUGGCGUUGUAUUUUGGUAUAAUAAACCAUUGUUCUGGCGCUAUCCUGGAGAUUCUUGUGAAUGUGUUUAUGGAAGUCCCUUAGCACUUGCUUCCCUGGGCUCGAACAUCUCAUGCUUUGAAGAGCUUUUACGUCAAGGUUACAAAGCCGAUCCACUUACCUGGAUCACCAUUGCUGAUAAUCGAAGUCGUCCUCAUUUGGAGCUGUUAGCCAGAUACCAACAACGACUUGAUAACUUCCUUCCAACUACUUCUGGGUCUCCAACUGCUUUAUGCACUGCGGUAGAACGAGGAAACAAAGAGAUAGUCCAAUGUCUGUUGAAUGCUGGGGCGGAUAUCAACGAGUAUGGGUUGAAUGAAUAUGGACUGAGUCGUUCCCCACUCCAGCUUUCAGUUGAAGCUGGCAAUCUAGAACUCGUGAAUUGUCUUCUUCGCGACGGAGCAAACGUGAACGCUCCACCAGCAGACAAUUCUGGUGCGACCGCCUUGCAGCUUGCUGCUAUAGAGGGACACCUUGGUAUAGCGCGUGAGCUGCUGAACCAUGGAGCUCUCGUAAACGCCCGAGGUGCCCAGUCUCAUGGGAGGACAUCACUAGAAGGUGCAGCAGAGUAUGGAAGGGUUGACAUGCUGGAGCUUUUGAUCUACCAUGGUGCUCUCAUCACAGGACACGGUCGUGACCAGUUUGUUCGGGCUGUAAGACUUGCAACGAAGGGAAGUUUCUAUGUUGCAGCUGAUCUAUUAAAACGCAGCGGAGGUUGGACUAAGGAAGAUGGACGUUACCUUUCGAAAAGACACAGGUCGGCCGACUUGGACGGGCAUUGCUGCGCUGUGAUACAUGAUUCUGAUACCCAGUGCAUCCAUGAAACUACCAAAACCGAGAGGGAAACAUAUCAUUUCAAAAUUAUGCCUCAUCCCAGCGGUUCUAACAGACUGUUCUCCCUACCUAAUGAAUCGGACCUAGAAUCGGAGGAGGAUGAUAGUGAGGAGGAACACGAGAAUGUAGAAGCCGUAUCAGGUGCAAUCUAG